AUGGCCUCGAAAGAAGUCGCGGCGUCGACUGCGACAGAUGCAGAGCCUCAUGAGGCAUCGGCUGAGGGGUCUGAGCAACCCCAGAAAGAGCUCUACCCCAUGAUCAACUGGAAGUACGACCUGUUCCUCUACGGCAUGGGCAAUCUGGUAAACCUGUUCUUCAGAGAGGUUAUACCACGAGGCGCAUGGAGAGUUCCACAGAAUGGACCUGUACUCUUUGUCGCUGCGCCGCAUGCGAACCAGACGUCAUGCUUACGCGAAACCCAACAGUUUGUCGAUGCCAUCCUUCUGCAACGAACUUUGCGACUAGACGCCAACCGCCGAGUAUCGCUCCUGAUUGCGCAGAAAUCUGUCCACGGUUUCAUUGGCUGGGGAUCCCGCCAGGUCGGCUCCGUUCCCGUCGGGCGAGCACAAGACGCCGCGAAGCCUGCAACGGGCUUCAUCUAUCUCCCGGACCCGAUCAACGACCCGACGCUGGUUCGAGGAGUGGGUACAAAGUUUGGCGAGGGCGAGGGCGAGCCUCAGGGAAUGCUGUUUUUGCCCCCGGGCAAGAAGACAUCGGGCGAAAGUGUCAACAUUGACCAAAUUCUUGGCCCUGAAGAGAUCCGCAUCAAGCGACCUUUCAAGACUCAGCUGGGCCUGAAGCAGCUCACCGGUCGAGACGAUAUUGAUAAAGAUGGCAACUUUACGAAUAAAUCGGUCAACGGCCCUGCACAGGGAUACCAGGGGACUAAAUUCAAGCUUGCGCCUCAUACGGAUCAGACAAAGGUAUAUGAGGCUGUCUUUGCGCGACUGAGGAGCGGUGGAUGUGUCGGUAUCUUCCCCGAAGGCGGCAGCCACGAUCGCUCCGAGCUGCUCCCAAUCAAGGCCGGCGUGGCCAUCAUGGCUCUGGGAGCGCUGGCGGAGUCGCCCAACUGUGGCCUCAAGAUUGUGCCCGUGGGCAUGAACUACUUCCACCCACACAAGUUCCGCUCGCGUGCUGUUAUUGAGUUUGGAGCGCCCUUUGAGAUUCCGCCGCACGUGGUUGAAAUGUACCGGAAUAACCAGCGAAGAGAGGCCAUCGGCCAGGUCAUCGACACUGUCUACCAAGCUCUCAGCUCUGUGACCGUCUCGACUCCAGACUACGACAUCCUGAUGAUGAUCCAAGCAGCGAGAAGACUCUACAAUCCUACCGGCAAGAAGCUGCCUUUGCCCGUCGUGGUGGAAUUAAAUCGACGCUUGGCCCUGGGUUACGAGCGGUAUAAAAACGAUGAGAGGAUAACUAAGCUGUCUAAGAGCGUGAAAGAGUACAAUUCACAACUGCGCUAUCUCAAUUUGAAGGAUCACCAAGUGCAGUACGCCACUAUGUCGAUCUGGAAAGUCAUUGUGCUAUUCAUCUACCGCUCGAUCAAGCUCCUGAUUCUCUUCCUCUGCACGGUUCCCGGCCUCCUCCUAUUCUCCCCAGUCUUUGUGGCAACGAAGAUUAUCAGCCGAAAGAAGGCCAAGGCAGCACUGGCGGGCUCAACUGUCAAGAUUCGUGGACGUGACGUCAUGGCCACAUGGAAGAUUCUCGUUGCCUGUGGAUUGGCUCCAACGCUUUAUCACGGCUACAGUAUUGCCGUGGUCGCUAGGGCCUGGUAUGAUCGUCUCUGGGGCUAUCUACCGGAUUGGGUGCCUCUCUGGUUGGUGUACUUGGCUACUUGGGUGGCCUGGACGGCCAUCACUAUUGCUGCGCUGCGAUUCGGAGAGGUGGGAAUGGACAUUUUCAAGUCUCUUAGACCGCUGGUGCUGUGUCUGGUUCCAGCAUCUGAUUACAACAUCCAUAAGCUGAAACUGAGGCGGGCAGAGCUGAGCGCGCAAGUAACGGAGCUGAUCAACACACUUGGACCAGACAUGUUCCCCGACUUUGAUAAAACAAGACUCGUUCCUGAUUUCACGAAAGUCGAGACAGGUGGCACUCAGUCAUCGCCCGCAGAGACUCGCCCCCGGCGCGACAGCGACCUGUCAAGCACCGGUGUCGACUUGGAGACGCCCCCGGCGCUGUCACGGCGCAGCACUACGCAGUCCAGCCGCUUGUUGCCUAGGAACGACUCUUUCAGUAACAUUGGCAGAGUUGGCAUCUUCUCAACACGGCCGCCAUCACGAUCGCGCAGUCGAUCCAACAGCUCCGGUGGCGGCUUUGGGUCUAGCGGCUUCCCAAUCAGCGGAUUCACAACUCUGGAUUCUGCUGAAGGCUUUGGUGAAGCUAGCCGCAAAAUCAGAGAAGCCAUGAAGGAUAGGCGGAGGAAGUCUGAUAAGGUCAAGAUGCAAAGCGGUGCAGAUGAGGACGAGAAUUCUGAUAGCGAUGAAGACGGAUACAACGAAGCGAGGAAGAAGAAUGUGUAA